AGAAAAUAUUGGAAUGGGAUUGUAUGAUAUUUAUAUAUAUACUAUAGGGAUAUAAAAAUAAGAUUAGUGCUGAGUAACACAUUUAUGUCUUUGGUUGUAAUUUGCAAUUUAGCAUUUGUUUCAUACUUAAAAGAAAAUGAUGAUAAUAAUGUUCCAUUAACAUAAUAAAUAACAAACAUACCAACAUCAGAUCCCGAUAAAUACAAAAGUUAUUUGAAUCUCUCGAUAGCUGCAUUUUGUUUGAUGAUGGUAGGAUUUUUGGUAGGAAUGGUUUAGCCAUUUUUAAAAUAAGCAUAACUUACUUAUGUUUAAGCUUUAUUAAUAUUGACAGGAUAUGUGUGUUUAUUUGCAGGAAUGUUUAUCUUAGACUCGUUUAGUUAUGGGUUUAACGAUGAUAAAACAUUCAAUUACUAAGUUGCAAGUUUUUUUGGAAUGGGAGGAGUUUUCAUUUAAGGAAUGGUUAAUUCAUGGAGAUAGAGAUCAUUCAGUUGAUGAUAAUCAUAUAAAUAAUACAAUAAUA